AUGGACUGGAAAUUGAGCAGCGGAGAUGUCGGACCGCAUGUGCACCUCACCACGCCGCCUUCCUUCUCCUUUGGUUGGCCACUGACGCGUCCCAAUGCGCUGCCGCCGCCCAUCGGUGAGCGCACAUUCCGCUCGCCAUUCGGCAUCGACAAGGACCUGUUCAACGCUGCACUACAUCCUGCAGUUCCCAUUACCAUUGCGAGCAUAUACGUCGUCAGCGUUCUCUACCUCAACGCCUACAAUGAGCGUCGCGACCACAAGCCAUGGGCCAUAUCCAGGUCACCGCUGUUCAAGCGCUUCGUCGUUGCCCACAAUGCUUUGCUUACAAUUUACUCCGCCGCUACCUUUUUCGCCAUGCUUCGCGCCGCUAUCCAGGUAUGGCCCGAAGCCGGUAGCAACACAGGCCUAGCCGGAGUCGCCGAUGCCUUUUGCAAGAUUCACGGUCCGCGAGGACUUGGUGACGCUGCUACGUACAAUGCAACAGUCAACAUCUGGGAGGUGAAGAACACUGCUAUCAAGCUGGGGUAUGAUGGUAACCCAGACCCCAUGGAUGUGGGCCGCCUGUGGAAUGAGGGUUUGGCCUUCUGGGGCUGGAUGUUCUACGUCAGCAAGUUCUACGAGGUCUUGGACACUUUGAUCAUUCUUUCCAAGGGCAAGCGCAGCGCGACUCUGCAGACAUAUCAUCAUGCUGGAGCCAUGCUGUGCAUGUGGGCUGGCAUUCGCUACAUGAGUCCCCCCAUCUGGAUGUUUGUAUUCGUCAAUUCGUUCAUUCACGGUUUGAUGUACACUUACUUCACGAUAAGUGCUGUUGGAAUUCGCGUUCCAACCCCUCUCAAGCGACUUCUAACCACGAUGCAAAUCGCCCAAUUCAUCUGGGGAGCCUCCUACGCCGCCGCUCAUCUCUUCAUCAAAUAUGAUGUGCCAAUCGCCACACCGUACCAGGUAGCCUCUGUCGUAAAAGCCGCGGUAUCCAGUGUCAGCUCUGCUGCUUCUGCGGCCUCCUCGACGGCGUCCAAAGUGAUCGAAUCGCCAGCUGCUUCUGGAACGCUGCUCGCUCUCGCCAAGAAGAUCAUCUUGCGGGCCAUCGGAGAAGAGGGCAUUGCAGAGCACGUAACGAACAAACAGGGCGAGCCACUCAACGAGAUCAUUCAUGAACAGAUCCAGGCGUUUAAUGAGCGUACGGAGCCUUCGUAUGAGACAAAGUGGCGUACAGAAUUGACCAAAGUCAACUGCAUUGAUACUUCGGGCGAAGCUUUUGCCAUCUACCUAAACCUUUUCUACCUUGCACCCCUAACCUGGCUCUUUGGACGAUUCUUUGUCCGCGCGUACACCAACUAUGGUAAGCCUCGCAACAUCAGACAAGCUGCUAAGCAGACACGGGAUUCUGGCAAAGAAGCGAAGAUUAAGACCGAGGAAAAGAUUGAACAGACCGGCCGAAGAGCGGAGGACAAGAUCUCCAAGCUCGAAGAUGAGAUUCUCCGCAAAGACAUGAAGGCGUUGAAAGAUGGCACGCUAAAGGAGGCGAGGUCUGUCCAGCAGAAGGCUGGCGAACUAUCGGAGAAGGCUCAGACGAAGGCCAAAGAUCUUUCGCAGAAGGCGCAAAAGAAGACGCAAGAUCUGUCAGAGAAGUCCAAGAAGUCGAUCAACAACGGAGCCGAGAGCCUGAAAGAGAAGUCGCAAGAGCUGGCAGAUGCGUCUAUGAUCAAGUCUGAGUCCAGMGAUGCGAGCGAGUCUGCCCAAACGCAGGAGAAGGUUCUAGCAGACUCACAAGCUGCACGGCCAGGUUUCAAAGCAGAAGAAGACUUGAAUGCGAGCGCGCUCACUUCUGGUUCUGAUCCUGCAACCGAGUCUGCUUCCAAGCAAGACGACAUCAUGCAGGCCAGUCAAGAUCUGCGACCAGGCGUCAAGGCUGAGUAUAGCAUGACAGAGUCUAGCGACUCCAUCCCCUGGUUCCCGCGUAAAGAAGACGAGGACACGGACGCUAUGGGCAAAUCUGGAGCCAUUGUGGACUUCACAGCGGAGAAGGCCGCGGAUGUAGUGGCAAAAGCGAGGGACGCUGGAGAGGAUGUCCAGCAAGCCGUGGAGGAAUCUGUCAAGCAAGCUGAACGCUGA